UUGUCUUCUUCUUUUUCUUUCAGUUGUAACAUCUUGCAUAUUGCCUUCUUACCUGUGAUCGUCGGCCAUCAUUUGUUUUUCAGCAACGGUGUGCACUAUAUUAUCAAUGUUACUUCAAACCUUCCGAACGUAUUCGAAGGCAAUCCCUCCUUCCAUUACCAACGAAUCUCUGUCGACGACAAUAGUUCUCAUAAUCUUUCGCACUAUUUUCCAGCGAUUGCUUUCAUAGAUACGGCAGCACAUGCUGGUGAUGCCUGUCUCGUACACUGCCUAGCCGGCAUUUCUCGCAGUGUCACAGUUUGUCUUGCUUAUCUCAUGACAAAGAACAAAUGGAGCUUGGAAGACGCAUAUGACCUGGUACUACGUCGGAAUGCAAGUAUAGCUCCUAAUUUUCACUUUAUGGGGCAGCUCAUUGAGUACGAGCGACACUUGGGCGUACGUGGUACGAAUGUCGGGGUGAGUUGA